CUAAUUGGGACUGAUAAAACCUGACACCAGCUGAUGUGUGCUGACUAUUUUGUAUACAACCAGAAAAGGGUGAAUUUUACAGUUGCUGACAUGCGCUGCAGUCAAAGCCUUUUGGAGUUUUCUUGUAUUUUCUUGUGAUUAUUCUAAUGGGUGACUGAUGUAACAGGAGCCAUAUGGAGUAAAAGUCAUCGCUGGCACAGGUAAACACCCAAUCAAGGAUCUGAAAUCACCGGAAAAUUGACAGUAAAGGAUCAGACCAAACUGUGAAUAAACAGUACCUAGUAGAAGGAUGAGAGAGAAGAAGUCUGACGGAACAACAAACAAACAAGCCACGGCCUCAUUCAACCUGUUCCUCUCAUGAAAAUCCAUAUAUUCAUCAGAAUGUCAUCCAGUGGUGGGGUUCCUCUCAAUAUUAGUGACUCAGUCCUCCAUGGCAUUCUAAGUUCAUCCUCACCCUCUUCUUCUCCCUCCACCACCCCUCCAUCUCCAUCCUGCAGCAUAGAAGAGUCCUACAAGUACAUUUUCCUCCCCAUCUGUUAUUCUUUCACAUUCAUCUUCAGCAUUUCCCUUAACUCUGUUGUCCUCUACCGUUCCUUCCGCCAGACCAAACGCUGGAAUGCCUCUCUUAUCUACAUGGUCAACCUAGCCUCUACAGACUUCAUGUACGGCCUGUCACUGCCAUUCCUUGUGGCUAGCUACAUCAUGCAAGACCGUUGGGUCUUUGGGGACUUUAUGUGCCGCCUUGUCCGUUUUCUCUUUUACUUUAACCUCUACUGCUCCAUCUUCUUCCUCACUUGCAUCUCUGUGCACAGAUACCUCGGUAUCUGCCACCCAAUGAAAGUGAUCACACUGGAGACCAAGAAGGCUGUCAAGUACACUUGUGUUCUGGUUUGGAUUGUGGUUUUUGCUUUGACUUGCCCUAUAUUCCGGUUUGCUCAGACUGGUCAUGUGGCAAGAAUGGGCGGGGCUGGCACCAAUGCAAGCAUAACUGAAGAGCCAAACUAUGAGAUAUCAGCUAUUAAUGGUAAUGCAAGCCAUGAUAACUUGGGAGGUGUCCCUGAGGAAUACCAGAACUGUUGGGAUGAUGCAAUAGAUAAGGAGUUCCCUGAUUACAUACCCUAUGGCAUCAUACUCCAUUUGCUGGGCUUUUUUUUGCCUUUUUCUAUAAUUGCUUGGUGUUACUCUCAUGUUGUUCUAACCAUAUUUAGAACUCUGCAUUCACGCCCCUCAUCCCACAGAGGCAAGAAAGAGGGAGGACAUGAGGGAGUGGAGAGAAGAUGGAGAACAAACUUGGCAACAGCUGGAAGAGAAAGAAGAGGAAGCAAUGAACUGUCAAGGACAGUUGGAAGAGAUGGAGGAAUUUCCAUGUUUCUUGGUGCCCACUCCCCAUAUGCCAAUCGCAGACGCAAAUCUAUCAGGACCAUUAUCACUAUCACUCUCCUCUUUGCUCUUUGUUUCCUCCCCUUUCAUGUCACCAAAACAAUUUUCCUCCUGUUGAAAGUGACAAAGAGAGUUCCCUGUCCUACCAUGACCAUGGUCUCCAUGUGCUAUAAGAUUACAAGGCCUUUGGCGUCAUUCAACGCUUGGCUUAAUGCCCUACUUUACUUCCUAACUAAAGACAAGGGGGGAGCUCAUUGCUGCCAGACAGUAAACAGCAACACUCAGCAACAUGGUGGGCUUCUGUUACCACUGAAGAUGAUGAGAAAAGGAGAGAAUGCAGAGAAUGAGAUGGAAGACAUAAUGGACAAUAAGGAGAAUAAAGCAUUUAAGAGUCCGUCAUACGUAAACAGAGCAAAAGUCACAUAUAUAGUUGAAUGAAAGUUUUUUUUGAGAAAUAAAAGAAUGAAUUUUUUAUGCACUGCAGGUUGUCUUUUAAUAGAAAAAAUAUAUAAUACAAUGUAUAAUAUGAGCACUGUAGCAAAAGCAGUGAUUAAAGAUGACCCAAGCAAGACAAUGAAUAUAACAUUUAUUUGCUGAUGCUUGUGGUUCAAUGAACAGCAUUCUUUGAAGCUUAGUUAGUAUAAACAGCAUGAAUGACAAUGUGACCUUAUUAUGUAAACUACAUUAUUUUGUUUUAUAUGGUAGCCUAUAUGGUAUUUAUAAUGUUACAGAUUUAAAAUGAUACUCUGCUAACCUUUAUGAUCACUAACUGUUUUAUUCUCAUCCAACCAAACAUGUUCCAAAUGGCUACCCCCAAAAAGCCAGUUGUCUCAUGAAGGAGAAAGUUUAGAAAGAAGGCAAUCAUAAACAAGUGAUGAUAGUAUUCCAGUCAAAAUAGAGCUUGAGAGAUAAGUACAGCAUCUGCACACAUGGAGCCCUUUUCACACCUUUCCAACUGAUGUUUUAAAGUGAGGGCGUAGGUGCAUAUCAGCCUGGUGUUCUUGGGAAGUUGUUGUGAUGGUUGGGAAAUCAGUGUUGGGCAAGUUACUGGAAAAAUGUAAUUAAUUUCUAAUUUGAAAAUGUAUUUCACUACACAAGUUUAAAAGUGAGCCUAGCUCAGUCAAAGUUGCCUUAAAAAGCACUUAAGCCUCACACCCAUGGAUCAGCGUAUUUAGCGUUUAACAAGUGUAGAAUCGGAUAAAGCUGGCAGCAAUACUAUUUGGAGGUACUUACAUACACAUUGUAACACACAUACCCUACUUUAAACAAAUCUGCUGAAUCUAUGCAUUGCCAUGGCAUUUCAGCAAGUCAUAUUUGUCCUAAUUUGGUAGAGGCCAACUGCCCCACCACUUUAUUAUGAAUAAUUCACAAGUACGCAUUCUAAUGUAGGGAAUACAUGUCUUUGAAAUUCAAUAUUAUUUAAUAUAAGGUAUAUGUGAAUAUAUGGACAUUUGAACCAAACAUGUUUCAGAGGAUUGUCAAUCGAUUAAUCAAAUUUUAUUUGGAUAGUCCUAUUCACAAAUCAUAAAUGACUCAUAGAGCUUUAAAAAGGUGUGACAUCCUCAACAAGAGGAAACAAUACAAAAAAAACUUUAACAGGUUAAAGUGCUUUAUUCGUUAUAUACAGAUGGAUAACAUGAAAGCACCCAAAAGUGAAGGCAAAGAAUAUAGAUUUUCAGGUAGUUUCUAUCAUUUAAGUUAUUUUGUUGAAAUAUUGAAGUGUCUGAUAAGUUUGGUUUAAAUUUAAUAUUAGAUGUUAUGAAAAUGGCGUUAGAUGGCAUGAUUGACAGCUGACAUUGACUCGAAAUUGGUUGAGCGCAUGUAUCGGUAGAGGUCGAUUCCCCUUACAAUGAUCACUACUGGACUGGACUCUGGCUCCAAAUGACAUAAUCAGCACAACAUGGUAGCACAUAUAUCCACUACAGUGGGAGGUUCUCUGCCCAGACGCAAUCACAACAGCAACAAAUCCUCAGAGGUGGAGCAGCCAGGUGCAGCAGACAGAGACAGGAAGUGAUGCAUUAACUCAGCUGCAGAUCAUGUGACUUUUUUAACAUCACACAGACACACAGUCAGCUCUUGUAUCCACAAACUCUCUAGACAUCUUAUAGAUUAGUAUAUGUGUCCGACACUUCUAUUUCAUUGGGAGAUUGAUUUUUGAAUGAAUUUCUACAUUUUUGCAUUUGUCACUUAUUGCUCUAAAUAUAAUUCUCACAUAAAAUGCUCCUUCCUUUCUACAAACCUUGUAAUAGGAGGCCAGGUGGAUAAAGCCUCAGAUAUCCGGAGCGUUCGCACAUGCACCUCCUCCUGAGGAAAUACAGACGAUCUACAGAGUUCAGUACAUGUCUGAAGUCACUGAACUCUACUGGAGGGAUGGAAAACCAUAAUUCCAAAAGAUAGUCACAUAUUUAAUGUUUUGGUGGUGGAGAGUGCUGUAACACAUUCAUAUCUCCCCUAAGUGUUCAGUAAGGUUAAGUUAUUGACUGUGAAGACCAUUGAAUAUUAUUGAGAUCAUUUUCAGCCCAAUCAGCCCUCAUGCCAUGAGUGGAAGCAUCUGUAUUUGCUUCGGCACUCAUUUAUUAAGGUAUUUUCUUUGAUUGUUAUCAGUCCGCAUAGGUGACAACAUUGUGUGUUCAUUUCAUACGUUACAUUACUGCCUUUUUUGUUGUUAAUGCUGUCACUUUUUCAUGUUUUCUUUUAUCUCAAAGAUCUAUUAAUGAGCUUACAGUGUUAU